CUUAGAAGGAGUCUGUAAUGGGAUACAGCUGUAUCCUCUGACGUGAGGGCGGGGUCGGUGCCAAUUAGCAAUGUGGCCGACCAAUCAGCUGAUUGGGGGAAUUUCAGGAAUCCAUCCUGAAACACACACAUACAAACAAAACCCACAACACAGAAACUGGGGAACGUAACAGGUGGUUUCCCGUACACAGAUUAAGCCCAGUCCUCAAAUUCCUAGGAAUCUCAAUUGAUAAUGCUGUUUAGUCCAGGACUUGUCUUAAUCUGUGCAUGCCCCUAAUGGUUUCUUGCCCUUUCCACAUCCUGUCCCCACUCUUCCCAUGAGAUAGCUAACUCAUUCGAGGUCAAUAUCAUUCUGCGGUAGUGACAGUACGAAUCUCCGCCCUCGGGUACACUAACACCAGUAUGCUCUUCUGGUUUCUCUGAUCUCUGGCUCUGUCACAAGUUCUGCCAACUACUGAAGCUGUCAUCAGGUCUGCUGGCCUGUUGUGCGUCCCAGUGUAGCUCACAUGUACACUAGUCUAUCAUGUCGUUAAUUGAAUGCACUGACAACCACACAUGUCCCUGCUCUCAUAUACUGUACACAUUACAAUCCUAACUUUGCUGUGCAGUGAAGAAGCUCCCAUUAGAAGUUAGUUAUUGGUCUACCAAACUGCCAUCAGCAUACACUGAUAGUUCAGUUAGUGUAGACACAAACACCUAUAGCUAAAUCUGCCUGCUUCCUUACUACAGGCGAGAGACUGGCAGGUUGUUGAUAUUGACUGCUGAGUGUAGGUGGAGCUAAGUGGGUCAUGGAGAGUCUUACAUGGUUUUUGGAUGGUUUACUGAAACAUCUUAGGUGACUACACUGUAAACAUUCUUCCUCGCCUGAACCCAAUGACCCCUUCCAAAAGUGCAGCACGGCGUUGUUCCACACCUCCACUCUCCGUCAACCGUUAACUGUCCUUAUUAAUGGCCCCCGGUGCAUUCGAUCAGGGUGACAAUGACCAUGUGAGCAUUCAAACCAAUUAUGUCUCCUGGCAACAGCUUACAGCCAGGUUCAUCUUCUGGAGAGGGAUUUUUGUAAAUGGGUUCAGGCUGCUUACAGGGGAUUAUCAUGACGCACCUCCCCUCCGCCUGGAAUCUGGAGGAUCUUCCUCAAUCCUCUUCCAACCAGCGAAAGGAACAUCACGAUUAGCCUCACCUGUUGAUUUCAACAUUUUUGGAGGGAAAGUUUAGAACUAAGGCAAGGGGGCAAGUGUGACCCUGUGUUCUGUCAUCCGUCUGGGUGAGUUUUCUUUGUAGGGUCUGGCCACUAUGGGAGAGGAGAGGGUCCUGAAGGAAUAACCGCACUCCUCUUUCUUUACCUCUGCUCCUUCUCUCUGGGAUGGAUUACAGAUCAUUGCCUGAGCUGACAGUCCUGCACUGCUGGAUGAGCUGCAGGAGAGACUGAGAGACGAAGAGAACGGCUGAAGCCAUCUUACAGGGAAUCAACGGUUCAAACCGCUUAACGAGUACAGCUGAAACUCUGCUGGCUGGGGCAUCCAGAAGAAGGACCCGACCGUAGAGCUAUAUCUCAUCUCAGUAGUGUAUUUUCCUUGUGUAUAGGUAAGGAAUAUCCCUAGGUUGCCACCAUGGCACUAAUGGUGGUCAAGUUUGACCUGAAGAAGCGGGUGAAGCUAGCCCAGUUCCUAUGGCUGAUGUACUGGUUCUCAGUGAUGGCAGGCGUGCUCGUCUUCAGCAUGGGACUGUUCUUUAAGAUCGAGCUGCGUAAGCGCUCGGAGAUGAUGGACAACAACGAGAGCCACUUCGUUCCUAACUUACUAAUUGCCGUGGGGCUGCUGGCCUGUGGGAUCAACGCCAUGGGAGGCAAGAUCUGCUACGACUCCUUGGACCCUGUCAAGUUCUCCAGGUGGAAGCCUAUGCUCAAACCCUUCCUCGUCUCCUGUGUGGCUUUCAAUUGUCUCCUGGUGUUGACGGCUCUGCUCUGCUUCCUGAUGAGGAUCCCGCUCCAGUUCACGCUGGCCGAGGGCCUGAAGAACGCCCUGAGGUUCUACAAGGACACAGACACGCCAGGACGCUGCUACAUGAAGAGGACUUUGGACCAGAUGCAGAUUGAGUUCCGUUGCUGCGGCAACAACAACUUCAGGGACUGGUUCGAGAUCCAGUGGGUCAGCAACCGCUACCUGGACUUCAGCGCCAAGGAAGUUAAAGAUCGUAUCGGCAGCAACGUGGAUGGGAAGUACCUGAUGGAUGCUGUUCCAUUCAGCUGCUGUAACCCCGGCUCCCCUCGGCCCUGCAUCCAGUACCAGGUGACCAACAACACGGCCCACUACUCCUACGACCACCACACUGAGGACCUGAACAUCUGGAAACGGGGCUGCCGCGAUGCACUGAUAUCCUACUACGGAGGCAUGAUGAACAGCAUAGGAGCCCUGGUGCUACUGGUCGCUAUUCUGGAGGUUAUUGUGAUGAUCGGCCUCCAGUACGUUAACACCUCCCAGUGCAACCUGGCCAACCCAGAAGACCCAGAGAGUGAAAGCGAAGGCUGGAUCCUGGAGAAGACGGUGAAGGAGACGUUUACUGACAUCAUGGACAAGAUGAAAGCUAUGAGCAAGGGUAACGCAGUGGAGGAGGGCGGAGUGGAUGGUGUUGCCACGGUGAGCUGAUCACGCACGAUAUGCCCACACAAACUGAGACCACUCCCACCAAAGGGAAGAGAGGAAGAUUGACCAAUACCUUUGCAUUUAUGACACAACAUACAGACAUACACAAAUAUGCGCACAACACACGUUUCUGGCCAUCUGAAGGGAAAACUAAAAUGGACAGAUCCUGAGUACAUGCCAGCACAUAGGAUAUUUUGAAUAUACGAAUACAUAAAUGUAUGUGUAAGUUAUAUUAUAACCAAUUGAUAAAUUGACUUUCCAAUAUGCC